AUGACCCCUCAAUGCUCUACAAAGAAAUGGAUCGAGAUCAGGGCUUCAGACUGUCCAUUAGAAUACUUUUAUCGCAUCUGGACACCCAAAGAAAGCUACAUAAAGGCAACAGGCGAGGGGUUACACUUGUAUCUACAUAAUGUGGUGUUCGCACAGGACAAAGCGUGUGCCUUCGACGAGUGGGGUGUGGUUGCCAUGGAAACUAAGUUUGAGCUGGACGGUGAGCAGAGACCGGAUUGGGCAUUCGAACAAUCGUACUUGGAUGCUAAUCACUGUGUCGCAGUUGGCUGAUGUCCGAUAUGUGAUGAGCUUGCUAGUAGUACUGUGCGAGAGAGGGGGAGUGGAAAAGAUAGGGUGUUUGAGCAUAUAAGCACACAGACUCUGUUGGAUGGCUUGGCUACUGUUGAUGACUCCGUCACUCUACAUUACGCCAGAGCUAUACU